AUGGCCGCGAAAUCUGAUGGUGCACCCGUCUCUCUACGAAACGAAAUCCCACCCGAGUGUCCUUCCAGGUCGGACCCGCGGCCUGCCCAGCGCCGUCCCGCCGAGCAGCGCUACUCCCUCCCGGACUGCUGCUGGACGCUGUGCGCCCUUUUGGUCUUCUUCUCGGACGGGGCCUCAGACCUGUGGCUGGCCGCGGACUACUACCUAAGGAGUGACUACUGGUGCUUUGCACUGACUCUGGUCUUUGUGAUAGUCCCGUCCGUGGUCGUGCAAGUGCUGAGCUUCCGAUGGUUCGCCUACGAUUUCGCCGAAACCGUCGAGAGCGGCACGGCUGCGGCGGCCGUGGUGGCGGCGUCAGGAGCGGAGGAGAGCGACUUCAGCACCAAGGGCAGCGGCGAGCGGGGCGCUGGCCGCACUGCCGCGGCCGGGGUGCUGCCGGGGCCGGGCACCGGGGGAGGAGCCCGGGGCUGCUGCAGGGUCUUCAUCUGGCUCUCUCAGGCCAUCAUUCACAUAUUUCAGCUGGCACAGGUCUGGAGGUACGUCCACGCCCUGUAUCUGGGCGUGCAGAGCCGCUGGCACAGGGACCCCGAGCGCCGCCACUACUUCUGGCGCAUGAUGUUUGAGAGCGCAGAUAUCAGCAUGCUGCGUCUGCUCGAGUCCUUCCUGAAGAGCGCCCCUCAGCUGGUGCUGCAGCUCAGCAUCAUGAUCCAGGCCAGUCAGGUGCUGCCCCUUCAGGGGCUUUCAGCUUCUGCCUCGCUGAUGUCCCUCGCCUGGAUGAUUGCCUCCUAUCAGAAAGUCCUGAGAGACUCCCGAGACGAUAAGCUGCCCAUGACCUACAAGGCCGUCAUUGUCCAGAUCCUGUGGCACCUGUUCACCAUCGGGGCCCGCACCCUGGCCUUCGCCCUCUUUGCCUCCGUGUUCCAGCUUUACUUCGGCAUCUUCAUCGUGGCCCACUGGUGCAUCAUGACAUUUUGGAUAAUCCAAGGCGAGACGGACUUCUGCAUGUCCAAGUGGGAGGAGAUUAUCUAUAACAUGAUGGUGGGCAUCGUGUACGUGUUCUGCUGGUUCAGUGUGAGGGAGGGGCGCACUCGCUGCAGGAUGCUCAUCUACAGCCUGACUGUGUUCGUGGAGAACGUGGCGCUCACCGCUGCCUGGUACUUGUACCGCGGCUCUCGUACCUCAGACUUCUACGCCGUCAUCAUGGUGUGCGUGGUGGCCAGCAGCUACGCUCUGGGCACCUUCUUCAUGUUUGUGUAUUACUGUCUGCUGCACCCUGACGGCCCGGUCUCAGGGUGGGGUUAUAUUGUGGAGAAGGAGGUGCCUGUGGAGUCGCUGGUGUCUCCAGCUUCCAGCCUCCCCCCUGACCUGGUGAGCAGCCCCCCCAGGACCCUUCAGAGAACUAAAGGGUCUGACAGAGAGCAGGGGCCUGGGGUAGACGGAGACGUGUUUCAGGUACGACCACCUCGGGGAGCUCAGGCCCCCGUGACCCCUCUCACACCCAGAACUGAAGGGCCUGUCAUCCGAAUAGACCUGCCCAGGAAGAAGUACCCCGCCUGGGAUGCUCACUUCAUCGACCGCCGGCUGCGUAAAACCAUCCUGGUGCUGGAGAGCGCCGCCCCGGUCACGCCAAGGAUUCAGUACCGCUGUCUGGGCACACCCAAAGAAGUGAUGGAGUACGAGACCACCGUGUGAUGUGCUGAAUGUGCUGUGACUCAGCUUUGCUGCCAUGUGGACUCCCUGCCUUAAAUAAAAAUGGCAGGUGGACGACUCUCACUGAGCAGUCUGUUUCAGCUCCACGCGCACUUGAUCGCUGUCGGGCGGGUGGAGACGAACAGGCGGAGAAAAGGGGGGCGGCGUGGACGGAGUGUGGCGUCUUUAUUUUUUACAAAGGCAAAGUGCUGUGACGUUUUCUAAUGAUGGUGCAUAUUUCGGUUUCUGUAUCAUUUCUCAGGUCAGGGUGUGGUACAGGAUGAGGCGUCGGGUGAGCUUAGAGAUAAAAAGCACAGGUAGGCAGAGAAGCGGAGCUGUGUGAUGAUCAAUCAGAGGCAGAGCGUCCUCCUCAGUGAAGGUGCUGCAGCACAACCUCUCAAGGCGUUCGACGACAGAGACGAUGCCUUCAACAUGCAUGAUUAUUUAUGGCAGCUACAACCGAAACCUGAACAAGAUGUAGACGGGGUGUGGAGGAGAGGAAGGGGGGAUAACUCGCACUGUAAUCUCAAACACAAUCUACAAUAGCGUCAACACUGGCACUGAUCGUCACAGUCAUGAUUUUCCAUAGCUUUUCACUCAUGUUGAAGGAGUCUCUGCGAAUGCUGCUUCAGACGGUUCAAAAGCAACAUUUGAGUUGAAUGUAAAAACAGUUGAAAAUGUGAUUAUUUGUGUGACGAGGCUUUGAGCAUUUUCACUCUGUUAGUGGGAUUUAAAACAUUCCUGUGGUACUAUAUUUGUUUUUUGAGGUAAGCUAGAAGAAGAAAAAAAAGAGAUUCAUGUGUGUUUACAAGCAAUGGGUUGUUUUUAUUUGGGGGGGGGGGGGAUGCCAUCACCGUUACUCUGACAAGAUGCACCUUCAUUCAGAAUGUGUAUGUACCGAACAAGCUACGUUAUGAUUUACAUUUACAGGACGUUAUUUUUACUGUCAGGACUCUCUACAGAUAGUAUUUUCAUACUAUAUCCGUCUCACACAGCGCAGGAAACAGGGCAGACAUGAAGUUACAUGUAAAUUAAACUGUACAAUGAGGAGGGGAGUGUUCAGAGGGACAGCACUGUCUGUAAUUGUACUGUAUCCAUACGUUGUCGUCUGAAAUAUGUAAAGGAAAAAAAAAAUAUAGCUGCAGACUCCAGACUCCUAACAGAAUAGCUUUGAUAUUAUUGACGGUACAGGCAUGUGGUACUUUUGGUAAGACUUUAUUUUACAGGUCUGUUAUUACCUCAGAACUCUGCCAGAAAGAAUUAUAUUUAAUUUGGUACAAACUUGGAAAACAGAGAUAUUAUUGACAUUGCUUGCUAAGUGUUGAUUUCCUUGAAAGAACUAAUCUAUUUAAACAUAAAAAGAAUAUUUAUUCCUAACUCAUUCUUAUUAUUUAUUAUUUAUUCAUUGUCUUAUUAUUGGAGGUGUACAUUUUCUUACAUUCUUACAUACGUUGAAUUGUAUGUAGAGCUGACAGAGCAUUUAAUUAGAAUCGCAGUAUAAUCAAAAUGGCCAAUGGCUAAGUGUGAUAUUCAAAUUGCAACGAGCUGCAAGGUAAAAUGUGGCAGGAACUGAAUAAUAAUGAAGCGCUGUAGUGUUGCAGAGAUGUCCUUGCCGACAGAUCAUGCUCUCCAGAUAUUUAAAAAAAAAAAAACAUGUUUCUUUGGUCCAGACCCAAACAAAUGUCACAUCGCCGUGAAUUUAAUAGUUUCUUCAGUGAAAAUGGUGCAAAAAUGAUAAUUCCUGCUAAUCGUGAAUCGUAUCGCGGUCGCAGUAUCUAUCCCGCAGCUCUAAUUGGAACUGAUUAUUUUGUCGCUUACCAAUUGAACACUAUAAUUCUAAAUUACGGGAACCUCUUUUGGAAGUAAUCAAGAAUUUAAAGUAACAUCAUGUAGAAAUAGGGAUUUAAAGUGAUUUUUACACCCGUCACAGUCAUAAAUACAAAUCCCAUGUCUGUCAGACAUGAAGUAGGUGCUAACUUCUAACAAAACUCAUUACAUCAUGUCAAAGUGAUGUGUCUUAAAGGAAACAUGCAUGUAACGCUGUGAUCCUGAAGUUACAUAAUGCAGAAACAAGUGAGAGGGGCGGAGUGCCGGAGACAGAGACACACUCACCCUGUUACAAGACACUGAACCAUCAACAUGAUUUUAACCUUUUAUUUUAAGGUAAAAGCCACAUAAUGUUGCUUUAAUGACCUGUAAAAUAAGGUGUUACUGUACUUUCUUUUAUCAGGGUUGUUUUUCUAUAGAAUAGCCACAAGAAGGAAUUUUUUUUCUGAACCGUGUGUGUGUUUGUGUGUGUUUGCGUGUAUGUGUGUGUGAGCUCACAUACCAGCAUGUGUAUGGGUGUAUGUGGGAAAAGGAGUCCUGCCAUGUGCAUUUAAUUUAAUUUUGAAAUUGUGUCACUGAGAUACGACAGUUUUGUUGUAAACACUGUCCGGUCAGCUCAUUUUUCCUAGAUGACACUGAAAUAAACAAACAAACAAAAAAAAAGGCCCACAGAGCACCAUUACCACCCCUGUUACUGCGGCAACGAAGCGAAGAGGGGCUUCUUCGAUUAUGGUGCUAACUGGUUAAUACCAUCACGUUAACAACCACACGGUGAACCAUGUAAUGGGCGUGUUGUGGCAGGAAGUUGGGCGAGGCUGUACCUCAAACACAAAGCUAGAAAUCAAAAAGCCUUAAACUGGUCAUGCCAGACUGUUGCUGUUCAGAGCAAGAAAAAAAAAAGAUGAACAAGAAGGUGAAGACAAUUUCAUUUUGUUGUUGUUGCUAAAAUAAAGAGCAAUGUGUUUACCUGA